AAAAGCAUCUGCCACGUGACAGUUAUUUGAAUGGAAAAUAUAGGGUGUCAUGGCGUCCCAAUAAACUGUCCCCGUGCGAAGUUACAUUUUUCUGACAAUAGAUGGGACUACAAUUCCAUGCUUGUGUGGCAAAAUUUUCAGAAUUGUGAUUCCAAUUGGCCCACUUUUGGAGAUGCUCUAAGAUGAUCAUAGCUCUAAGCCUCCAACAUAGUUGGGAAUUUAAUGUCCCUAGCUUCAACUUAGUUGUGAUUAAAUCAUAACCUAAUUGGCUUUAUCUUUGAUAAAUUUAUAUCAGCCAUUCCUUGCUUCGGGAGAACAUACAACCAGCAAUAUUCAAGCUUUUGUUGAUUUCAAGGGAGAAUCUUACAGCGGUGGAGGGAACAUCACAUUCGGAGGAACCCUUGAUGACAAUGCUCCUUUGAAAACAAAAUUUUUUGAAGCAAAGCUUCUUUUUGGAGAGUCGCCACUAAACUUAACAUAUUCAGUAAAAUCUAGCGGAGGGUCUCUAUUAGGACUUACCCUUCUCUUCUCUAACGACUCCAAGAAGAAAAAGUCCAUAUUGUUGGCACCGGGGUCCAGCCCCUCAUUGCUUACGCACAACCAUUUAGCAGCACAUUUUGACACCAUCAUUAUGCCACAUCGCGUUGAAAAGACAGGACCUGAACUGGGAUGGGAUGUUCUAGAAAGUUCCAUAGCAAUGGAUGGAUACACACUAACUGAAAUCGGCGCUAUAUGCUAUAAGCUAGAGAAAGCAAUUUCUGGGUCAUCAGAAUACAAUGCAGUUCUUGGUCAUAUUUCAAUUAGAACUCCAGAAACAACCCCUUCUUCAAGAUCCCCACCAAAAGCAAAUUCAUGGGUCAUUGAGAGUAGACAUAUCAAAUGGUCAUCUGGUUCACAAGGAACCAGGAAACUUAACAUGAUGCUUGCAUGGAAGCUGCUGGAACACACAAGUGUUACUGAUCUGUGUUUGGAGUAUAAAGUAUAUGUCAAGAAAAUGACCAAAUCAUCGGACGAGGAAGAAGAACAAGUCUACCUUGGGGCUGCAAUGGUGGAGGCAUUUUAUGUUUCUAAUCUGCAAGUUCCAGAUGGCGUGUCUGCUCUUGAAUUCAUCGUCCAAGUCAGCAUGGACGGAAUCUCUCAGAAGCUCGAAGAUUCUCCGUCCUUUAAGAUGGACGUUCAAGAUUCUUAAUAGAUUCUCCUCAACCCCCCCCCCACCCCCCGCCCCCCACAAAAAAAAAUUACAAGGAAUUAUUGCAGUAAAAUACAAGGAAAUGG